AUGGCUUCGCAAUUCUUCUCCCUCGAGGGCCAGACCGCUCUCGUCACCGGUGGCACGCGCGGAAUCGGCGCCGCCGUGGCAGUGGGCCUCGCUGAGGCCGGCGCCGAUAUCCUCCUCGUACAGCGCGACGAAUCAAGCACCUCGACCAAGGAGGCCGUCGAAAAGCUCGGCCGCAAGGCCCAGAUAUACACGGCCGACCUUGGCUCUCAGGAGAGCGUGGCAGCUCUUGUUCCCAAGGUCCUCAAGGAUGGUCACCAGAUCCGCAUUCUCGUCAACUGCGCCGGCAUCCAGAAGCGUCACCCAUGCGAGAAAUUCCCCGAUGACGACUUUAAUGCUGUCAUCCAGGUUAAUCUUAACUCCGUCUUCACCCUCACACGUGAUGUUGGCGCGCACAUGCUCAAUCUUGAGCCGCACCCCGUCACCGGCCGCAAGGGCAGCAUCAUCAACUACGCCUCGCUGCUGACCUUUCAGGGCGGAUUUACGGUCCCGGCCUAUGCCGCCUCCAAGGGUGCUGUCGGACAGCUAACCAAGAGCUUCGCCAACGAGUGGACCUCCAAGGGCAUCACCGUAAAUGCCAUCGCGCCUGGUUAUAUAGAGACCGAAAUGAACACGGCGCUGCUCAACGACAAGGAACGUCUCGCGAGCAUCAGUGCACGCAUCCCCGCCGGCCGUUGGGGCACACCCGAAGAUUUCAAGGGUACUUCGGUAUACCUGGCCAGCAAGGCCAGCGGCUACGUGAGUGGGCACAUCUUGGUUGUCGACGGUGGUUGGAUGGGCCGGUAG